GACAGGCCAUGAGCUAGCGACAUGUUCCCCAUUGUCGAAGAACAUCUUCGAGCACCUUCGAUAAUAUUCUCUGACAGCAUCGUGUCGUCUGUUCGGCAUAAAUACCAAAACAUGGCGCCCAAGUCAAUCUACACCGCUCCAUCCCAAGUCAAUCUAAACCUCUCCAUUCCUGAUCGUCUUCUGUCUUAUCCUUGCCCACUCAGAGACCACUGCAAUCACACACCUGUUACACAUCAGCCAUGGCUUUUCCAACCCCACCAGAGCCCAAGACCGAACUAGGUCGCUAUCGCAUCCUAGCCAGCACUGCGGGUGUGAGAGUGUCACCACUCGCGUUGGGGGCUAUGUCCAUUGGCAAGUCCUGGGCCUCUUGGAUGGGUGCAAUGGACGAAGAGCAAUCUUUUAAGCUUUUGGACGCAUACGCCGAUGCUGGCGGCAACUUCAUCGACACCGCCAACAACUAUCAAGAUGAGGAUUCAGAGUUGUAUUUAGGGAGAUGGAUGCAGGCCAGGAAUAAUCGGGACCUCAUGUUUGUGGCAACCAAGUUUACAAAUGAUUUUCGUGGAUGGGAGAUUGGCAUAGGAAAGACUGUCAACUACGCUGGAAAUCAUAAGAAAUCCCUCCGGUUAUCUGUUGAGGCUUCGCUCCGAAAGCUGCAGACGAACUACAUAGAUUUGCUCUAUGUACACUGGUGGGACUGGACGACGUCGAUUGAGGAGCUAAUGGACUCACUCCAUAUCCUUGUUGAACAAGGCAAAGUCCUCUACCUUGGUAUCUCUGACACCCCGGCCUGGGUUGUCUCGGCAGCCAACACCUACGCAAAAGCGCACGGCAAAACUCCCCUCUCUGUUUACCAAGGUCGCUGGAAUCUUAUGCUUCGAGAUUUCGAACGUGACAUCAUUCCGAUGGCACGGCAUUUUGGCAUGGCGCUGUGCCCUUGGGAUGUCAUCGGCGGCGGCCAGCUUCAGACAAAAUCACAACGGGCGGCCCGUAAAGAGUCUGAUCCAACAGGUCGUGGCAGUCAGCAGAGCGAGGAGGCUCUCAGAGUUAGCGACGCGCUGGAAAAGGUGGCUGCCGAGCACGGAAACGCGAGCAUACAACAGAUCGCACUAGCGUACGUGAUGCAGAAGGCGCCGCUUGUUUUCCCGCUAGUCGGCGGUCGAAAGACUAAGCAUCAACUAUAA